GAUGCUUUUUUGGGAGUUAUCUCAUUGAUUUGGGGGAAAUGAUGAAACAUAAGUGCAGUGUGAUUAUGUUUUUGGCGAGUGUUUGAAACUUCAAAUUAGUGAUUACAAAUAUAGUGGAAAACAAUUUCAAUUUCUUUUGAUAUUUGGUAAAGUAGUACCAGUGUGUAAAUAGUUUGAUGAAACUUUUACAAAAGGGCAACAAGAAGUUUAAAAAUUUUAGUGAACAAAGUCUAAUAUAUGCAAUAAAAAGUUACAAAAAACUACUAAAAUAUAUACGCAAUUAAAAAAAUAUUAAUAAAGUCCAGAAAUACCAAUUACCAGUUAAAUUCUGAUUAACACAAUGAGUGUCACAGAAACGGAGAAUAUGGAAAGCUCCGGGUCGAUUCACAACACAAAGGUUUCCGACUCCGGAUAUUCCAAAAGUUACAGCAAUAGCAAUACUCAGUCGCAACGAAGUGGCAGCUCGAAGUCUCAAAAUAGUGGCAGCAGCGGCUGUCGAGGCACCGUAAACACCCAUCCAACGCCAGCCGCUGCUACCAUACCAUCAUCAGAUCCUCUUGACAAAGAUCGUAACACGAAAGACACGAACGAACUGAAUGUAUUGAUCGACCCGAUCAAGGAAUCGUGUACGACCAAACUAACGACGGCAGACAUCGCUUCCGUCUCACGUAUAGAAUCGGAAUCAUCUGGUAACGUAGAUGAACCCAAAAACGAGGAGCCCAUUACAAGAGAAGAAAGCCAACCGCAGCAGGACUCGUUUCAUCUCCCAGAUACCAUCAAAUCACUCUGUUUCCUACCUGGACCGUCUCCAAAAACAUGUAGUGCAACUCCACUGGAAGACACCCUUCGCGAUGUGGAUUACGAACAACUUUCUGGUGGUAUUCGGGAGCAGUGUUCAGGUGCAACCAUUCCAGUCACUACUGAUCCAGACCUAGAAGAUGGAUUCCGCUGCAUCAUUUCGAUGCACGACGGUAUAGUUCUGUUCGCAACAUCCAGCAUAACACACAGCCUCGGAUUUCCGAAAAAUAUGUGGAUCGGUCAAUCAUUUAUAGACUUCGUUCAUUCCAAAGAUCGCGCCACAUUCGCGAGUCAGGUUACGGCGAAAGUUGCAGUUCCUUUGGGUGCAUUCGAAGACGAUUCCCGACAGAAUUGCCAGAUCGACUCUCUCUAUGUAAUGCUGCGAAAAUAUGAAGGUCUCAAAAGUACAGGCUUUGUUGUCACGGUAAGCUACGCACCAUACCGGUUAGUGCUGACAUUUCGGGAGCUCCUUGAGAAAUUCGUUCCAAACAUCGGACGUAACAUUUUGCUAGUCAUAUCAGCAACUCCGGUUAAGAGUGUCUACAAAAUCCCAAACGAGCAGUUGCAAGAGCAGGAGCUUAAAUUUAGUACAACCCACAAACCAUGCGGUAAGCUAAACUACGUCGACGGAAGCUCGGUAGAAUUGCUAGGUUAUCUACCGCAAGAUAUUUUGGAACGAUCGAUAAUGGAACUCUAUCAUCCGGAAGAUAUGCCGAUUCUGAAACAAAUAUACGAAAUGGUGAUGGUGAAGGGGCAAACAGUUGGAUCAACGUACGCUAGUCCAUCUUAUCGAUUUCUGAUUCAAAAUGGUGGCCAUAUUGUCCUACAAACCGAAUGGACAAGUUUUGUCAAUCCGUGGUCCCGAAUGAUUGAGUUGAUUAUUGGAAACCAUCGGGUAUUAGAGGGACCGGUUAAUCCGGAUGUGUUUGCAUCAAGUGAGAGCGACCAAAAUCAUCGAACUUUUUCGAAUGAAUUAUUGAAAGCUGCGAAAACGAUUGAAAGUGAAAUUCUCAUACUGCUGAAGGAACCAGUUGCCAAGCCUCUGAAUAAAUUAAGUCAAGAAGUAUUGCAGCGGUGUUCGAUUUUCGAACCAUCCGUUCCAGUAAUGGUACAGAAGUUAGAGCAACCAGGUUCUAAUCUCAAUCCACUGAAAGUUGAGUCAAAUUUAACUUUUUCGGAGCUAAACUCGAUUACGCUUGGAGAGAUUUCUCCUCAUCAUAAAAAUCUCGAUAGCCAGAGCUCAUCUGAAACGCCACCAAGCUGCAAUCAGUUGAAUUACAACGAUACUCUGGACCGAUUCUUUAACAGUUGCCCUAUUGUGAGCAUGGGGGAGUCACUCAAAAUUGACUCAUCCGGUGGUACCAAUACGGAAAGGAUGGACGGUCACACCAAUGUCAGUCCUACACGGCAGUUCAAUGGCAGUGGAGAUGGUAGCAACGAUAGUUCCGAGAGAAAUGGAAAGAUGCCCGAAACUACACCUACUUCGAGUACUGGACAAGAUUAUUCAAAUAGCUUCCGACCACCGGCAUUGACUGAAGAGAUGCUCUACCUACAUGACGAAGACAUGCAAAAGGUGAUGUUGAAGAAGCAUCGUGACGAACGAACUCUAAUUCGAAGUUCUCGGAAAAAGAAAGAAGCCCCAAAUCAAAAGCAGCCGGAUGUUCCUUCACAUGGACUAAAACGAGGCCCAUCAAAUGCAUGGGAGGCGGAUAACCAUAAAACAUUCAAACAUCAACAUAACCCGAUACCUACAGCCAACACUCUGAACAAUGUACUACAUUUGACUGCACCGAUAAAUGCCACUACGAUGCAAGCAACUCCCAUUGCAGGACCUAGUGUUUCCAGAAUACCAAACACAGGGAUCCCCGUUGGUGUACUGCCAACUCCUCUUACGUAUGGAGGCCACUGGCAACCUGUUCCAAGUAGAUUGACAGCGUUACAUACAUUACAAAGAAAUGCAACUGCUAGUUUUCUUCCAUCACAGAGCAUUUUACCAGCUCUGCACUACAUACCAACAGUUGCACAACCAAUUGCACCCAACCCGAUUGGGGUACUACCUCGUAUGAACAACAUUUCAAUUCCGUACAUGACCGAUAUGAUGUAUCCUCAGCCUGUGCAGCUGUACCAGCCCUCGCUGAUAUACUCCCCAAUGAUGUACCAAGCGGUGCCCUUUCGACCGAUUGCACUUCCAAGUGAACUGCCACAUGAUCCUCGAAAUCAGCAACAACCUCAAAACCAACCACCUCCAGCUCAACAAACAGCUCAUCCUUCAACUGAUGCCAUCAAAACAGUUCCGACGGUCAACAGUGGCAAGCAGAACGAACGGACAUCUCUACAAAAGGAUUCCAAACAUGUCUUUGAAGGCUUCCCAAGCACAUCCCGCGUGGGUGGUUACUUUCACCAAGAGGAACGCAAAAUACGGUAUAGCGAUGCAGUUGACAAUCCUGGUUCCAAAGCAGAACCAGAAGCACACUGCCAAGCGAACGAUGCAGUAGAUGAAUCGACCUUCUCGAGUCUCGCCUCGAGUUUUCUCAAAACCGAAAACUCAUUGGGCAGCAAUCACGUAGACAAGAAAGAUCCAAUAUGGACGAUCGAAUCGAGCAUGCGAAGACCUGUGUUACCAUGGUUGGAGGAUGUUAAUCAAACGGCAGAGCGGGUUUAUCGAUACCGUAUUCCUCAGCGAUCAGUCAAUGAAGUACUAACUGCCGAUCUGGCAGCUUUGGAAAAUUUCAAACAGCCUUCCUUAGUAAACGAUCAACUUGAACAGCUGUAUCAGGAUUUGGAUCUAGACGAACUGUCGGUCAAACUGUCAUUUAGCGAGACAUCUUCUGGCAGUAGCAAUAACGAUUACAGUGCACGAGAAACCAAAAAGAUCGCCAUGAAAAGCAUGUUGUAUCAUAUGUCACAGAUGAUCUACGAAGAGAACGCCCCGUUUCCAUCUCCAAAGAUCAAUUCUUGAGUAGAGUGCGUCUAUUUGAUGGUUUCCGUGCAACAAUUUAUAAUCUUAAAACACAGUAUUGUUUCUCUACCAACUAUUAACAACGCCUUAUAACGAAGAAUGUUAAACUCUUGGCAUUCGAAUUAUUCCACUAAUGUUCGAGCUAUGUAUGAAUGGAUUCAUUGAAAUAUGACAGUGUUUAGCUUUACAUAGAAUCAUCUGUAGUGAUGAGAGGUAUUUUAGGCUCACUGACGGAUUUCUAUAUUUAUAAUCUACACUGUUGGUGUUUCAGAUGUUUUUAUCAACUAACAAAACUAAUUACCUCAAAUGAUAUUUCCGAAGCGUGCUUCAGAAACAAAUACUGAUAACUAUUAAUACUAUAAAUAUAAAACUCACCUGAUCUGAUUGGUUAUCUAAAAUAUUGUGAUAAUUGUACUUGGGUGUGUCGUGUCCUGCAUCGAUUGUUCUAAAUGUUACCGAAUUAAACGCAAAUGAUACCGCAUGCCGCCUGAAAUUUCAAAUCUUCGAUGCAACACGGUAAUUGUGAUCCACUCAACUUGUUUACUAAUCAUAACAAGCACA